AUGUUGAGGAUAUUUUACUUCAACAAGUUUCAAAAACUAAAAACUCACAAUAAUAGAUAUCAAUAUUUCAAAGUACAAACUGCUAAAGAUAUUGAUCAAUGGAUUGAUAAAACCAACAAUGAAAGAUUAAGUGGUACUGAACAUGAUCGUUAUUUACCAAACUAUGCUAUUUUGAAUAAAAAUGGAUUAAUCGAAUUACGAUCUAUUUUGGAGCCGGGGUUUUUCUUAUAUAUCAAUGAAAUUGAAUUACAAAAGGCAAUUUAUCAAUAUUAUCAAAUCACAAUUAAAGAUUUUUGUGUGUUUUAUAGUUCUGAUCGAGAUUUAGAUAUGAUUCAAGAAAAUAGAGGGAAAAUCAUUUGUAAAACUUCGAGACCAAUAUUUAUUAAAGUUCAAAAAAAUACUCAUCAUCAACAAGAUCUGUUUUUCAUUCGUGAUGAAAUUCAUAUGAAAAUGAAAAAUGAUGGAUUUAAAAAAUAUAGUAAAUCAUUUUAUUAUAUAAAUUCUAAAGAUCAUCAAAUUGAAUUUUCAACAGCAAUCUUGUCAUUAUUGAAUAAAUAUGUUGUUGUUAAUAAAAUUGUAUCAGUGCCGUUGUCUUAUGUUGAUAUUUAUGAAAAAUUUAGAUUGAACAAACAUAAUUGUGGAGAAGGAUUAUUUAUAAAUCGAGCUUUUGAUGUUAAUGAUAACUUAUUGAUAAAAUAUGCAUAA